CGCGACGAGACGCGUCGUGUCCACGUGAAAGCCAUCCUUGUGGUCGACGAAUGUUAUGGCUAUCUUCGGCCUUUGGGUGAUUAACAAAGCUGGUGGACUGGUCUAUGAACGAAACUUUGGGGAUGGACUACCUCGUUUGACUUCGAACGAGUAUUUGGUUCUCGCAGGAACAUUGCAUGGUAUCCAUGCAAUUACCAGCCGACUGUCUCCUAUAGGCCCUAGCUCCGGUGCGCAGGUCAUCGAAGGAGAGACGUUCAAGAUGACCAUCCUUCUCACAGCAACAGGAACGAAGUUUGUCCUUCUGACGUCGCUGGCCGAGUCUACAGCCGAUGUUGUUCUGCAGAAGGUGUACGAAGUAUAUGCGGAUGCUGUCAUGAAGAACCCAUUUCAUACGCCAGAGAUGCCCAUCCGUAGCGAGGGAUUCGACAGACGUAUCACAGCUCUACUUGGUUGACAAUGCAAACUCAUUAUGCAAAUAUUAGAUCUCAAUUGCAUGCCGUCGCAAGACGAUGUUAUUUAUGUUUGUCUGUUGGCAACGUCCCAUAAUAUGUAGAAUAAGUUAUGAUACAAAUGUACCAGUGUCAAAUUUCCGAACUCGCAUUUCCACUCUACUAGGCACUGUCAUUAGUUCAAGCGCCCUAUGGAUAAAACUAACCAACUUACAAGU